UAGCUCAACAUCAGAAAUAAGUACAAGUACAAGAAGUGAUAUCGAAAUUCAUAAUAAUCCUACCUCUAAAAAAACUAAAUUUGGUCGAAAGGGUGGCUCAAAAAAACGAAGCUGGGUAUGGGAAUACUUCAAAGAAAAAAAAGUAAUUGAAACUGUCCAACAACUUGAUAAGAAAGUUAAUAUUGGGAUUACAUAUGCUGUUUGUCUUGUGUUGAGUAAUUCUGAUUAA